AUGAGUUCAAGAGCAAGUUUAUGUUACAAAUGUAAUCAACCAGGUCAUUUUGCUCGAGAAUGUCCAGAUGGUGAUGGUGGUGGUGGUGGAAGUGGUGGACGUGGUGGAUUCAAUCGUGGACGAGGUUCGUACGGUGGUGGUGGUGGUUCAUAUGGAGGACGAGGUGGUUCAUAUGGUGGUUCAGGUCGUGGCGGCGGCGGCUAUGGUGGCGGUUCAUCGUAUGAUAGAUCAGGAGGUACUCGUUGUUACCGUUGUAAUCAAUCGGGUCAUUUUGCUCGUGACUGUCCAUCGGAUAGUACACAAAGCAUAUGCUAUAACUGCAAUCAACCAGGUCACAUAAGUCGUGAUUGUACUGAACCACGUUCAAACAAUUAUGGAGGUAGUGGUGGUGGUUUUCGUAGUGGUGGUGGCGGCGGCGGCGGCGGCGGAGGUAAUUGUUAUCGAUGCUCGAAACCGGGUCAUUUUGCACGUGAUUGCACUGAACCUGAUACACGUGAUGGACAGAGUGGCAGUGGUGGCGGCAACGCAGCAAAUCAACAAGAUGACCAUGAUGAUGGAAAUUAG